CUUCUUCCCAAGACAGUCGCAACUUUGUGGGUCUCUACUCCGGGCUUCUUCCCUCAUUCCUUACUUCUUUGUUUCAGUUUUUAUUUAACUGAUAGACCGUAGUCGGUGGUGGUUCUGCCACGUAAUCUGGAUUUAACGAUAACUUGGACAGCGCUUCGUCGAAGGAAGCUAACUGUUGAUCUGUUGGGGUGCCACGGGACAAAGCAGUGCUUCAUCUGGGCAAUACUGGGCUCGAGAUGGGGGAUCCAGAGCCUCCAGAGUUCGGGUCCAUUGAGGAAGAGCUGGAGUACUGGAGGGAGCAGGCUGCCAGACACCAGCAGAGUGCGGAGGAAGCCCAGGAGGAGCUGCAGGAGUUUCAGCAGAUGAGUCGGGAUUACGAGGUGGAGCUGGAGACGGAGCUGAAACAGUGUGAAGCAAGAAACCGCGAGCUUAUCGCCGCGAACAACCGCCUCCGCAUGGAGCUGGAAAACUACAAGGAGAAGUACGAGACGCAGCACUCAGAGGCCUACAGGCAAAUCUCAACGUUAGAAGGAGACCUCGCUGAGACCACGGCCAUCAGAGACCAGCUCCAUAAAUACAUCAGAGAGCUGGAGCAGGCUAACGACGACCUGGAGAGGACCAAGAGGGCAACCAUCAUGUCCCUGGAGGACUUUGAGCAGAGGAUGAACCAGGUCAUAGAGAGGAACGCCUUCCUGGAGAGUGAGCUGGAUGAGAAAGAGAACCUCCUGGAGUCGGUCCAGAGGCUGAAGGAUGAGGCCAGAGACCUGCGUCAGGAGCUGGCGGUGCAGCAGAAGCAGCAGGUCCAGGACAGGAAGCCGUCUCUCGGUGGCGGUACACCCAAAGAGCCUUCCCCCUCCUCCACCUCAUCCUCUGCCGGGUUUCCCACACCUCCGCUCACCCCUCCAGACAAAAGAAAUGAGGACAAAACCACGCCCUCUAACCAGCCCGCCCCACCUGCAGCUGCCAUCGCCACGCCAUCUAGACCUGCAGCCUUAGCAGUGCCUUUCUCCACCCCGCCGCCAUCCAUCAGCAGAGGUGAAGGCCUCUUAGGGACUCCUCUGACCACAUCGGCGAGGAUCUCGGCUCUCAACAUUGUUGGAGAACUGCUGAGAAAAGUCGGGAACCUUGAAUCAAAGCUGGCGUCGUGUCGGGAAUACGUCCAUGAGCAGACGGCGAACCGCAGAGGACACGCUGGUGGCCAGGGGGCGCCAACGGGACAGAACGUAUCAUCAGACACGCAUCCGACCAACGGCCUCUACAACAAAGGGCUGGUAAAGAGGAUAGACUUCAGCGCGGGAUCCAAAGUGCUGCUGUGAGAGCAGAAAACCGUCCUCAUCCUCCAUCCUGAAUCCUGAGGCUCGCUGUCCCUCCAGUGUGGAUUGUCUGUGAAGGUACUCUGUGUGUUUGCACAUCAGACGGACAGCUCUGACCGCUGCAGCGAUCAAACUGACUCAAACGUUCCUGCAGAGACUUUCAGGAUGUCCGAUUGAAGCUCACAGUUUUUGUUUGUUCGCUGGACUUCCUCAGCACUCGCACUUCGCUUAAACUAACCUGCUGGACUCGCUGUGUGUUUCCAGCUCGUCUCAGAGUUUUUGUUUUUCUAAAGGAGGGUUUGAGAAGGAAUAUAAAGCACAUUAUAAAGACUCACAUCCAGGGGAAAGACUUCACUGUCUUGUUUGCAUGGUUUGCUGUGAGAACCAGAGUAACUACUGUCACUUGUUGCACAUUUUUCCAGGGUUGAAGGAUGGAAAAGACUCUCUCUGAAACAUAUCAAGUCAAUUCAAGGCUCUGCCAAAGCUUCCUCUUCUUAUCAUCGCCCAUAAGGCUCUCUUAAAUCAUCAGUAUGAAUUUUUCUGCUCUGCUUUUCGCUCUGAUGCACUUCUGAUUCAGUUUUAACUUUUGCUCUUGUGCUUUAAUUUUAAAAAACUAGAAACAGCCAGGAACAGGAUUCAAAACGUCUGAAACAACUUUUUUACUCUUACAGAGGUCUCUUGAUCCUUUUGCCUCAUAACACUUUUGGUUGUUUGCUUUGACACCAAAUUUUCCACAGUCAAGUUUGCAAAACAUGUGAAUAAUCCAGUAAAACUCUGCUAAGAUUAAGAGUUACCUCUCUAUUUUAGAAUGUGAUAAAAGCAGAUUUAAGCGCAUGAGUUUGUAAUGGAUUUUUAGAUUACAGAGGAAUUAGGCAUGUAAAAAUGGAAUAAAGGGCCAGUCAGAUCUCAAAUAAACCUGAAAUUUUAAAAAGAGUUAACCAAAAUGGAUCGAGAAAUUAGGUGGCUUUAGGCUGUUCCUCUCACACAACAGGAUGCCUGAUCAUAAAUAUUGAACAUGUUAGGCACCUUAGCACAAAGUCACCUGCUAAUGAUGACCUUAAAGGGAUAUUCUGCUAUUUCUAAGGUUGGGUUGUAGGGCGAUAGUCCCAUCAGCCUCCAGAGGUUUCAGUAGCUUUGUCCAGUCAUACAGAGAAGCUUGGAGAAGCUAGACCAGUGUUUCCCUGGAGCCGCCGCUCCCCCAUGUACCUAAGAAUAGCUGAGCACCCCCAGGACCCACACAAAAAGAAACGUAAACCCUGCUGUCGAAUAUCAGCGUCAGUUGUUUCACUGAUAAAACCCAAAAGUAAAGACCAAUGUGUGAAGCACUUGAUAUCUGUUUUAUUAUGAUUUUGGUCAAUGUAAUGAAAACUGUUAAAUAUGUCUAAUUUUGCUCUGGUUAAAAUGGGCAAAAGGAUUGAAAAAAUCAGUUGAUAGAGGCAAUAAUGGGUGAACAGAGACAACAACAGGCAGAAAGUGGCAAGAAUUGGUUUUGAAUUGGCAAAAAAAAAACAGG